AUGGCUGAAGAUGAAACUAUCGAGCCUUAUAUGUUGAGGGUUAAUGAGGCAGUCAACGCCAUUAGAGGACUUGGAGAAGAAAUCAAAGACCCUGUGAUCGUAAAGAAAGUGUUGAGAUCAUUGCUUCCCCGACCUAAAGCUACUGACAAGACAGCUGCAUUCAAGGUUCAAAUGAACAAGCAGAUUGAGCCCAAGUCUGAUGAAGAUGAUACUGAUGCUGAUAGUGAUGAUGGUGAAAUAAACUUUGUCAGAAAACUAAAGCGAGGCAAAGACAAGUAUAGAGGUAAAUUACCAUUCAAGUGCUUUAAUUAUGGAGGUGUUGGUCACUUUGCUGCCAAGUGUCCACACAAGGACAAAGAGGCUGAUGAAGAACCCAAGCAAUUCAAAAAGAAAAAACCAUUCCUCAAGAAAGGGAAAUCAAAGAGUAAGGGACUAAUUUCUAAGCACCACAAAAGCACUUCAGAUGACAGUUUUGAAGAUGAGUCAGAUGAUGAUACUGCAGAUGAGUCACUAUCCAUGGUACUAAGUGAUAUUACUGAGAAGUCUGAUGAGCACCCCACCACAGGUUCUGAUAAUGAUGAUGAGGAUGCUGAGGUAGACUUAGAAAGAGAGCUUAUUGCAGCUCUUAAUGAGCUAAAGACUGAACGCAAAAGCCACAAGAAGACUGCAAAGCAACUCAAGGAAGCUGAGAAGAAAAUGCUUGAGAUGAAGGUUCAAAUUAAAGAGUUCAAGAAGGUUGUUGAUGAGCUUGAAACUCAACUCUCCCUCAAGUCUGGUGAUUACUGCAAGCUCGAGGAAGAAGUUGUUAUGCUUAGAAACAAAGUAGACAUAUAUGUUGAGAGCAUUCUUUCACCCAGUGAUCCUCAAACAGACAAACUUGAUGAGAAAUUGAGCUGUCAGAGACCUGAACACAUCAAGUUUGGCCUAGGUUAUGAGGGUGAGUCAUCAAAGCAGAUGGUGAAAGGCAAAGGCAUUAUUGAAGAUCCCAUACAGUUGAAGAAAGUACCCCACAGACAAAACAGAAGCAAAUUGGCACACCAAAAAUCUUGGAGGUAUGCACCAUCUACAAGGUCAGCUGCAUCACUCAGAAAAAUGUUACAUACUAACCACAUGCAGGAAAGAAAAAAUCCUAUUCAGCCCAAAACAACCAAUGUGAAAACUAUUUGGGUGAAGAAGAAGGAUGUCGUGGAGAACAGUUCUAUGGUAGUAAAGACAACUCUCAAAGCUCAGAACAAGCCAAUGCCCUGGCUUCUCGAUAGUGGUUGCUCACAUCAUAUGACAGGUAAUAAAGAAAUGUUCAAAAAGUACCAGCAGUAUGAUGGAGGCUCCGUCCGGUUCAGCAACAAUGAUGGAGGAAAAAUAAUUGGCAAAGGCAUAGUAAGUUUUGGAAGAAAAGCAAAGUCCCAUGAUGUUCUCUACAUGACAGGGUUGAGACAUAACUUGCUCAGUAUCAGUCAGAUUUGUGACAAAGGGCAAGAUGUCAUCUUCAGUACCUAUGGAUGCGAGAUCAAGAAAUCAAGCAACGGUAAGCUUGUAGCAGUAGGUACGAGAACUUCUGGAAACCUUUACAUGUUAACUGAUGAAAUGGAAGGUUACUCCAGUCAGAGCAAGGCAUAUAGGUGUUACAAUAAAAGACUGAAGAAGCUUGUUGAAAGUGCUGAUGUCACUAUUGAUGAGAAGAGGGCUGCAUCUAAAGACCCCACCAGAGAGCUACCAAUGUUCGAGGAUUUCACUGAUGACCUUGAAGAUAGUGAAAUCAAGGAGGAGAAUAAUACACCUGAUGAACCAGUAGAUGAAGACUCAAAAGAAUAG